AUGUCUUCCGAUACCGAGACCGCUGCCCGGCAGCCCAACGGCGUCAUCGAUCAACGGCCGACGACUCCGCUGAACCAGGACAACGCCGUCACUUCCUCACAAGUCACCCUCCCCUCUACAGAAGCGCCCGCGUCGCCCAUUGAGCCCGGCCAAUCGUUCAAGACCGAGAACCAAGACGAGCGCAUUCCGGCGUCCAUUAUCCCCUCUUCUCUUACUCCCCCACCCUCGUCCCAGGUCCCCAACAAUGGGCCCACCCAUGGAGGCGGACCGAUCCACGGGGCAGCAAUCAGCUCGCAGCGAUCUGCCAUCCUCUCGCCGCCAGUGACCGGCCUGAAUACUACCUUCCGCCGAGACGCAGCAGCAGCUUCCGAGUAUGCGCCGCCCUCACCGACACAAGUCGUCGAGGCGUCGCCGGAAGAGCUUCGAGGCAUGCUCCAGGCAUGUAUCGCUGAGCAAGCCAAGCUCAAGAUGGAGACGGCGCACCACAAGUUGCAGUAUAACUUGCUGAACUUGCAAGCCGAAGACGAUGCCAAGCGAGCUGCUGUCGAACACGAAAUGACCCGCCGUGAGGUCGAUGCCCUCCGCGCCUCGGAGCACUCGAGGCAAGCUCGCCGCGAGCUUAGUGCAGUUUCGGAGUCGAUGCAAGCCAAAUACUAUCAAUUGAGAUCGUGGUACGAGGAACUCGUUGAAGAAAACGAUGCCCUUGUCAAGAGGCUCAAGGUGGCCAAGAAAGUCAUCCAGCAAAAGGAGGAAACCAUCAUUGGCAUGGCCGAAGAGAAGGAAAUGUUGCUGAAUCGUCUGCGCGAGAACCGGGAGCAUUUCCAUCAGCUCUGUAGCCCCGGCGGCAUUUUCCACACUGCCAUGACACCGAAAUCUCAGACCAUUUCGACUCCUGUUCAGCACCGUGUCACCCCGCGGCAGACGCCUCGCUCGCACGACCGUGAUGCGCGAGACGGUGGGCUCGCCAUGAUACUUCAGGUCAUGAGCCAGGAGAACAACAGCGCGCCUUCAACACCGACUACCCCUCACCGUCCUGCACCUCGCAACUUCCCCAAGCAUACCCGUGGGGCCCAGUCGCUCUCCUCGCUUCCCACCACACCAACAUCGCGACCUCGAGGCCCCCACGCAGGCCUGCUUCCGUCGGUCGACCUUGUACCCCAGACCGAGCCUCCUCACCGGUACAGCAGACAGUACGUGCCGGAGACACCUACUCGACAACGUGGCUCACGACGCAAGAGCCGCGAGAGCACCAUCUCGGCCGAUGAUAACGAAGAGCUCGCUCGCCAGGCUCUCGAGUCGGUCGCUGCCGCCGCCGCCACAUCCUCUUUUGACUCGCAGGGCUCUCAUGGCUCGCGCAGCUCCCGAGCUCGCCGCGCCAGUGAAGAAGAGGAGGAGAUCUACGAGAGCCAAGCUAGUCAAGCGGCUUCGCAGAUGCUCCGACGCGACCCUCGUGAGAGUUUCGAGGUUGCCAGCUCUCGGGGUGGCUCUCGUGACGUGACGCCAGUUCCGACCGAGAAGAGCGCCAAACUUCAGGCUAAGAUCUUCGGCAGCGUCAACAAGGCCUCUAUGUCCUCAGACAAGCGCAAGUUCAGUGGAGGUCCCAUCUCUGACAUGGGCGUGGUCGACGCCAGGAGAGAGAUAUUGGCGAGUCCGACGAAGAAGCAGAGGGUGGUUGGCAGUAGCCUGCGGGAUGGGGCCCGGAUCGGUCUGGGCAUCCAGUAUGGUCAUGAGUAG